AUGGCACCAAAACGCUCCCGCGAGGAUGAUACAUCGGGCUCGCACCAUGUGAAAAAGCGCAGCAAAGGAUUCUCCAUUGGUCCUGCAAAUCUCCCAGAUGGAACUCACAAGCGCAAACUCCAAAAAAUCAAAAAAGAUAUCAUUGAAAAGGCAAAACUCAAAAAAGAAUACGCAAAACUCAAAGCGCGAGAACAACCCGACACCCAGCAGAAAACCGUCUACGAGCGUGAGGACGAGCGGGAGAAAGUUCACGACGAUGAUCAAGCCCCCGAGUCGGCACCAGAACCAACACUCGAACUCCAUCCCGAUCGCGUAAAGCUCCUGGACGAAAAGUCUCCAUCGCCAGGCCCAGACACCAACCUUGGCGAUCGCCGCAGGAAACGGGCACGUCCACAAACGUACAAACGCGAGACAGAACUCGCACAGAAGCGUAAGGAAGAGGCGGACGCUCGACAAAGAGCUCGAGAAGCUGCGGAAAAGGAGCGCACGAAGAAGAUUGCAGAACGAGAACGUUUUCAUAAGACUAUGGCAAAAGCUCGCGCGGGGGGACCAGGAAAGAGAAAGUUGGGCAAAGAAAGCACCGUUUUGCUGGAGAAAGUGAAAAGACUUGUAGGGAAUGCCUAG